AUGGCAAACAACAUGGUGCACGAUACUCUUAACCUUGACCAAUCUAAAGGUCGAAGCUCAACGGGUUGUUGGACUUGUCGCAUCCGCCGCAAAAAGUGCGACGAGACAGCUGGAAACUGCUCGGUCUGCACCUCCCUUCGACUAAAAUGCGAUGGCUAUGGGCCAAAACCCGUGUGGUUAGACGGGGGUAUCCGGGAAAAGCAGAAGGCAGAAGAGCUGAAACGAAGAAUCAGACGCCAUCGAAAACGAGGUCAGAUCGUGUCAACCCGACUCUCUGAAUCACGGCGCCAGACACAGCGCCAGCACAUGGAGCCGCGACGCGAUAAUGGCAUUUCACAGCGAGCGUUGAGCGGGAAGCUGUCUACUAAUACCGGGCACACAUCAUCUCAAUUGGUAGGCACUGGUGAGACCCUGCCAUGGGCAGCAGACUCAAGAGGAGGAUUCGAUCAAGUUAGCCACAAUGCGGAUGAGGUAUCCCUGGACGAUUCUUUCAAGGCCAUGGUGGGUUUUGUUCAACAGCCUAGAGUCCACACAGGGGCGGGAAGUGCCUACCCUGCGCCGGCAGAGAAUAUAUUUGAGCUUCAGUGGCCAGGUACCCUCAGUCCUGUGGCCCGAGAUCUGGGUCAUGCCUCUCAAAAUCUUGUAUGGGCCGAUCUAGGAGAUAGUCUGUCACCGACCGACAGACUAGGCAAGGGUCUGGCAGAAGUACAGAGUCACCAGGACUACUCAAGCAAUGCUGUGCUCACGGAUGUUCAGGGUACCUUUGGCCGGUCUGACGAAGUCUUUGAGAGUGACCUGGAGCAGUUCAAGAAGACUGGGACUGACCACGGUGAGAACGAUAUUUUCGAGGCAUUAACUUUUUCGCCGUUGCCGUGGGAGCACGUGGAGACCAUUCUCGACACUACUUUAGAGUACAACGGAUCGACUGUCGAUUUGAAUCCCAUUACUUUGGACAAGCACUGCCAAGAAGAUGGUUCACAAAGCUGUGCAGAAAUAGCUCAGGCGGCCAUCCAAUCAACUUCGGCUGUCAAAUUCUUCGUGCAAACCAUACUUCCGAACCAAUUCCCGUACGCUGAAGGCACAGUUCGGUCACGCUUGCGAGACGCCAUUCUUUGUCCCCAAGAACUGGUCAGACAAUUCAUACACUCAAUUGUUGAAACGACUGUACAUUCCGUACAAGCUCAUGCCUUGGAGAGAUACGGCUUGGACACAUCGUCAAAGCACCGUGUGUUGUCGCCUGUUGCGAGCCUGACGAUGAUCGACAACAUCUUUGCCUCUGAUCUGCAAAGCAGCGACAGCGUAGUUCAAACGCAGUGUUUGGAGGAAGCCAUAGUGCCGCUGAUACAACAGACGUUGUUGCAGAUCGAUGGCUCUCAAAAAGGCAGUGAUGUACUGGGUGGUAUUGCUAAAUUUGCUGUCAAAACCCGCGUCCUGUUCGACCCAGGGAGCAUCCUGCUGUCAUUGUCUUAUGGAUUAUUGGCCGCACUGGACCUCAUCAGCACUGCGACCUUCAACAAGCCGCUCAACACUUGGCCAUUGCCCCAUAGUGUCGCCCUCGCAAAUGCCUACCUCGUACACAUGACAGGCUGCCAACCGUGGGUGUUUCAAAGAAUCCUUGAUAUCAUCAACCUCAGGGCCUGGAAGCUCAAUGUAACGAAACGUGGAGCCCUGAACGUAGUGGAACUAGCACAGAAAGCCUCAAAGAUACAAAUCGACAUUCAACAUCAUCGGGUUGACCUCGAGACGGGCCGGGAACACCCCCAUCAAACCCCAACCGACCAAGGCACCAGUAUUACAACCAGUCGCAUGGUCGGCAACCUAGAAGAGGGAUCGUACAAACAGUGGCCGAUGGAUUUCAGCCAGGACACCCAGCAGAUAACCGAAGUAUAUGCUCAUGCUGCUGAGAUUUUCCUUCACACUACAACCUCGGGCGCAUACCCUGAUGUGUCUAGCAUUCGCGACGCUGUUUCGAAGACGGUAUCCGCCAUACAACGCCUAGGCCAUCCGCACUUACUGAAGAGCAUGUCCUGGCCAAUCUGUGUCGCCGCCUCCAUGGCAGGUCCAGAGCACGACUUGUUCUUCUCUUCAAUUGAAGAGGGAGCUAGAGGUGAUGGCGACUACAGCUUCAAGCUUACUCGUGCUCUGGCUAUCGCGAAAGAAUGCCAACGGCUUCGGAAGACGAACACACCAGCCAUAAGCGCUCAAGACCGCCGUGUCUACGAUUGGUUCGAUGCUACGAGAAGUCUCGGUCAGGAGUGGUACUUGCUUUGA